AUGGCAAAUACGAGUCCUCUUGCCGCCCGGGCAGCUAUCAUGGGCUCAGGGACAAUCAAAAUCGUGAAAGCCCUCGUGGAUGCGAGUGCGGACGUCAACCAACCUCUACGUCGUGCUGAAUACCCAAGUCUUGUAGCUGCAGCUACAGCCGCAGCCGCAGGCGAAGAGAAGAUUCUUGCGAUGUCACUUGGCUGCCGGGGCAAAUGUGGAUCCGUCUCUUGA